CGUAGAUACAUUCUUGUCAGGCAUACGUUACGUUCAAUGUUUUGUAUUACAUUCAACAGAUGUAUGAUGAUGUCAUGUACGUUGUUGAUCCUCAACAUGUUGAGGGUGAAAUGACAGUUGGUACAAAACAGAGAUCAACUUUAGGAGAGCCAGAAUUUAAUACCUUAGAUGAGCCCAUCAAAGAUACAAUUUUGAGGGACGUUCGAGCAGUAGGCAAGAAAUUUUUCCAUGUUUUAUAUCCUAAAGAGAAGAAAAGUCUACUGAAAGAAUGGGAUUUAUGGGGACCAUUAAUAUUGUGUACUUUUAUGGCAAUGAUAUUGCAAGGUUCAACUGACGUAGCAGAUAAUUCAAACGAUGGAGGGCCCGAAUUUGCAGAAGUGUUUGUUAUUGUAUGGAUUGGAUCUAUGGUUGUUACAUUGAAUUCAAAACUGUUGGGUGGAAAUAUAUCUUUUUUCCAAAGCGUUUGUGUCUUGGGGUAUUGUUUAUUACCGACUGCCAUCGCACUAAUUUUAUGCAGAAUCAUACUGAUAGUGCAGCAAAGCACUCUUCUAUUUACUCUUAGAUUGGUGAUCAGCAUGGUUGGAUUUUUAUGGGCAACAUAUGCAUCAAUGACAUUCCUAGGCGACAGUCAGCCCACAGGCAGGAAAGCAUUAGCAGUAUAUCCAAUUUUCUUGUUUUAUUUUGUUAUAUCAUGGCUAGUUAUAUCCCACACUACAUAAAAUGCAACACAACAAUUAAUUUGCUACAAGACUGCGCAUUGCUCCGACCUUCUGUGUAAAUGCCAGGAGACGAUGAAAAAAUAAUCAGAAGGUGAUGCAAUGUUUUUCAUAUUUCCAAGUCCUGCAUUUGGACGUAUUCCAAUAUUGUGCGUUCGUGAAUAAUACACAAGUAUAAUAGACAAGUAUUUAUUAUCGUCCUAGUAAUUCGAUAUGUCAAUUAUGACUAUUAAGAGAUUGUGAUUAUAUAAUGUUUAAAUCUUACUAAA